CCAAGAUGAUGGACGACUGGGUGCGAAACCGCAAGUCAGUAACGACACGUCCUGACUUCGACGACUUUGUCGACUGUUACUGGAACAAUGAUUUAGAGGGGCUCGUCGAAGUGAACAAGAGCAGUGGAAGCGCAGAUGAAUUUGAGAUGAAACGGAAUGAGAUAGAGACGCAGCGGCAUCCUCUUCAGCACUAUCACAACGACACGUUAAGCUUCAUGCCGGCACAAAGCAACGAGAGACAGAUGAGAUGCUUGGUAGAUUACUCAAGUUACGAGCAUUUUCUCCUGGUUUUCGUACGCGAUGAUGAAGAUAGAGUGGUGGGAUUAGACUGGAUGAUGCAGGAGGGAUUCAAGGCAUUGCGGUACAACCGCAUGUAAUGGGAAAGUUGCUGUAGUAGUCUUGUAACAGACUCGAAAGCUGGAGAACAGAUCUUGAUAGGCCUUGUAGAAUUCAUAGCC